CUGUACACAUCAAGACAUAUGAACUAUGGAGCCGUCUCUUGAACUACUCUGAAACGGAUCUAACCUCAAAAUUCUAUCAUUAAACGUUAUUUAUAUUAGAAGCAGUAGUCGAGAAGCAUGUUUCAGUUUAAUUUCCUCGAUAAUAACUCCACCACCCCCUUAGCAGCUUUAGAAACGAUUCCAUGCAAUUCGCAUAAUGCAAAGGAAAUCCCCGUCAGCAAUUCGCCUGUUACUCCAAACAGCUACGAAACAAAGAGUAUAUCGUACUCCGACACUUUAAAUAUACGACUGGUUACUGACGUAACAUUAGCGCCGGAUUCUCUGCUGUGUGCUGCCGAAAGUAACCGCACAGACUUGCAGGUGGGAAUAUACGAGGGUGGUUUAAAAGUUUGGGAAUGUACUCACGACUUGGCCAAUUUCAUUGUGAACGAAAACAUUGAGUUGAAUCAAAGAAGAGUACUCGAUUUAGGAUGUGGCAGCGGUAUUAUCGGUAUAGUUGCCCGUAUGUCUGGUGCUGACGUCUGCUUUCAAGACUAUAAUGAAGACGUGAUUACACAUUUUACAAUCCCCAAUGUUUGUCUAAAUAGCGAGGUGGGAGAGUGUAGAUUUUAUGCUGGCGAUUGGGAGUCAUUUGCUAGUAUUGUGGGUGCUAAGUACGACGUUAUUUUCACAUGCGAAACCGUGUACAACCCGGAUAAUUAUCGUAAAUUGUGCAGAGUAUUCAGCAAUUGCCUGCAACCAAAUGGAAUAAUUUAUUUGGCAGCAAAAGGGCAUUAUUUCGGUUGUGGAGGCGGUAUAAAUGACUUUAUUCAAUUUUUAAAAUGCGAAACCGAGCUCAAGUGGGAAACCUGCUGGAAGAAUUCUAAUGGACUAGAAAGAGCAAUAUUGAAAAUUUAUUUUUAGAUAUUAGCAAUAAAAAAUUAUUCUUUCCAAAACA